ACUGUAGUCCAUUGUGUGACUACUGAGAGCAGAAUUUGCAUUCCUAGAAAAGCUUGUUCACGGUCAAAAUAUAGGACAUUGUCUUUAUGGCUCAUGGGAAAACAUGUACUAUAUAUUCAGCUCAGGAUGCUACUUAGAAGGAUCAACUUUUAAAAAAUGACAUUUUCCUCCCUUGGAACAUUGAAGUCAGACUGAGACCCAGCUUUGCUUGGCAACAGAAGUGAAUCUUCUUCAUUCAGCGCUUCCACGUCUCACUCAGACCAUUCGUCUCACACCAAAUCUGCUUCUGCUGUAUCGUCCGACUCAGUCUCCACCUCAGCAGACAACUUCUCUCCAGACUUAAGGGUCCUGAGGGAGACUAAUAAAUUGGCUGAAAUGGAAGAGCCACCUUUGCUGCCAGGAGAAACCAUUAAAGACAUGGCUAAGGAUGUUACUUACAUCUGCCCCUUCACUGGAGCAAUCAGAGGAACCCUUACUGUUACCAAUUAUAGACUGUAUUUUAAAAGCAUGGAACGGGACCCUCCUUUUGUCCUAGAUGCAUCUUUAGGUGUGAUCAACAGAGUGGAGAAAAUUGGAGGUGCUUCCAGUCGUGGUGAGAAUUCGUACGGGCUGGAGAUUGUAUGCAAGGAUAUUCGAAACUUGCGGUUUGCUCAUAAACCUGAAGGGAGAACUAGACGGUCCAUAUUUGAGAACCUAAUGAAAUAUGCUUUCCCAGUUUCAAAUAAUCUGCCACUUUUUGCAUUUGAGUACAAAGAGGUUUUCCCAGAAAAUGGAUGGAAGGUGUAUGACCCCACUUGGGAGUACAAGAGACAGGGGAUUCCAAAUGAAAGCUGGAGGCUGACCAAGAUGAAUGAGCGCUAUGAGCUGUGUGAUACAUACCCUGCCAUUCUAGCUGUGCCCGUAAACAUUCCCGAUGAAGAAUUAAAGAGAGUAGCAUCUUUCAGAUCAAGAGGACGCAUACCAGUUUUGUCAUGGAUUCACCCAGAAAGUCAAGCGACGAUCACUCGCUGUAGCCAGCCAAUGGUGGGAGUGAGCGGCAAACGAAGCAAGGAAGAUGAAAAGUACCUUCAAGCCAUCAUGGAUUCUAAUGCUCAGUCCCAUAAAAUCUUCAUCUUUGAUGCAAGGCCCAGUGUGAAUGCUGUAGCCAAUAAGGCUAAAGGAGGUGGCUAUGAGAGUGAGGAUGCCUAUCAGAAUGCAGAAUUAGUGUUCCUGGACAUUCACAAUAUUCAUGUUAUGAGAGAAUCACUGAGAAAACUGAAAGAAAUUGUGUAUCCCAAUAUCGAGGAGACUCACUGGCUGUCUAACUUAGAGUCAACUCACUGGCUGGAGCAUAUCAAGCUCAUUCUGGCUGGAGCCCUUCGGAUCGCCGACAAGGUGGAAUCGGGGAAGACGUCUGUGGUUGUGCACUGCAGUGACGGCUGGGACCGAACAGCCCAGCUCACCUCCCUGUCACUGCUCAUGUUGGAUGGCUACUACCGAACCAUCAGGGGCUUUGAAGUGCUGGUGGAGAAGGAGUGGCUGAGCUUCGGCCACAGAUUUCAGCUGAGGGUUGGCCAUGGAGAUAAGAAUCACGCAGACGCGGAUCGCUCUCCUGUCUUCCUCCAGUUCAUCGACUGUGUCUGGCAAAUGACAAGACAGUUUCCUACAGCAUUUGAGUUCAACGAGUACUUCCUGAUAACCAUCCUGGAUCACCUGUACAGCUGCUUGUUCGGGACGUUCCUGUGCAGCAGCGAGCAGCAGAGGGUGAAGGAGAGCCUUCCAAAAAAGACUGUGUCGCUUUGGUCUUACAUCAACAGCCAACUGGAAGACUUCACCAACCCCUUGUACGUGAGCUACUCCAACCACGUCCUGUACCCCGUGGCCAGCAUGCGGCACCUCGAGCUGUGGGUCGGCUACUACAUCCGCUGGAACCCCCGGAUGAAACCGCAGGAACCCGUCCACAACCGCUACAAGGAGCUGCUUGCCAAGCGGGCCGAGCUGCAGAAGAAAGUGGAGGAGCUGCAGAGAGAAAUCACCAACCGCUCCACCUCGUCCUCGGAGAGAGCUGGCUCUCCCGCGCAGUGCGUCGCUCCUGUACAGACAGUUGUAUAAUACGGACUUUUUUUGCUGAGUACCUUCCCAGGACCAUCAGGGUAGCUUUUCUGAAACCCUCUGGAUCUCCAGUGCGGUGUCUGGGAGAUGCCAACCUAUUUAUUUAUUUCUCUCCAGGGUAAUUUAUUAGUACUGUAGCACUAGAGGAAGCUUAAGCAAAACCAAACAAACAAGGCCCCCUAUGCAAUUAACCUUCUCAGUGGCUAGAUUAUCACACAAGCUAAUUGCACUUGCCACCUAAAAGAAACCUAGAGCUCGCUCUUUGUUCACUUAUGUGCUGGAAAUCACUUGGCUUUAAAGACCAUGCGCUAGAAUGAAGAAGGACUGUGGAGGAAAAACAUCUACUCCAAUGUCUGAAAAAUGUCCCCUUUCCUAAAAGGAAAUAAUGACUUUAUGGCAGAGCCCAGAAUACAGCUGUAAAGUCAUGGAACCCUCCGCUAUUUAUGUCUACAUAGCAGUGUUAAUGAGAGCAUUUGCCAACAUCCUCAGAGACAAACAGCGAUAGAGUCUGGAACAUAUCACUGUUGCUCUCGUUUUUCCUGUUUCCACUUUGAUCUAGAUCAUAGGAAGCCAUGUAAACAAUGCCUUAUCUACAGAAAGGGCACCCUCUACCCAGCACACGUGGUGGUAGAGGAACAAACCUACAGGACUUAACUUUGUAGGACAAGGUUUACUCCCAUCUCUGUGGCUUUAGUCUCGCUUAUGGUUUACAUGGGGUGUGCCAGGAUGCAACUUAAAGCACCUUUAUCUCUGGGGAGGGAAGCAGAGCAUGGCCCCCCCAGGCAUUCUGCAGCUCUUCUGUCCACCAGUGCCUCUACUCAUCAGGGGAAAGGGAGCGGAACGCCGAGGGGCACGUGUGAACUGCUGGGGUCAGUCAUUUCAUCUUGCUUGGGUAAGAAUAAUUAGUGAGGCUGAAGCGUCUGUGCAGGAUCAUAGUGACAUAUUUAAGGUAUUGCAGUUUUCUGUUAACUAAUGGAAGCAACUGUAUAUCAGCCAAAGAAGCCUUUCUGCCGCGUUGCAACUACUUCUGGUAGACUAAACAGCUUCACCAGGUUCUGAGCCCCACAUUUAGGUCUUCUUCCUCAUAGCACACUUCAAGAAUUAGUGUCAUCUUACUGAACUUGGGUCCAAAUUGAAUUUUAAUACAAAAUUUUACUCUAGAACCAGAGAUAAGAAACACACUUAGUGAAACCAGGACUUCCAACCAGGCAAGUGCAAAUUGUAGAAGUCAGGCUUACAGGGAAGGAAGUGACGUACGUGCAGGGCUCUUUGCUCGGGGCUGCUGCUCAUCUCCGUGCUCAGGCUGAGGGCCCUGCCUGCUCUGGGGGCCCACAUUGCUCUUUUGUGGUAGGAUCCCAUCCUCUGGUCGCCUGUUGGUGCACCCCUCAGCUUGCUGCUUCACUCAGCCCCUCUUCCACCACAGAGAAGUAUUUUCUGAGUGGGUACAAGAGUGGACCAAUUUACACAUAGGCAGCUGCCUUUCUAAAGCCACAUUCCUUCCGAGGCAGGAACAGUAAUUUCCCCAGCAGUCUCCAUUUCCACCUGCUCUGCUGCAAACGGUGUCUCCAUCUGUACAGAGAAACCCACAGCCGCCUUCUGACAGGGUAAGCAACAGGCUCUACAGCAUCACUACUUGUUAUAGGGUGGCCUGAGAUGUUGUGGUCCCAUAGAGCAAAGAAUCCACACAAAACACCUGCUGAAGGACUUGGAUUUGCUUUAAAGUUGAAGGGCAGAGCUGCUCUUACGUACAAUCACUAUAUAAGAUGGUUCAUAGCAUUUUUCUCUAUUAGCAAAUUGAGUAUGUGUGUAUAUUUUGUUUCUUGAUGAAGGCUGUUUGGUUUCCUUAACACUAAUAAAAAUUGACAAAUGGUUAAA